UUGAUUGAUGAUGAUCCUUUCUUUUAUCAUACAAUAUAGAACUUGAUGGUGACCCUUUUAACCAUUCAAGUCAAAACAUGGGAAAGCUUCAAAGCCUUCAUAUAUGCAAUCACCUGCUCCUUUCUUCUAUCCUAUACGUAUUCAUGUUCCCACCCACUUUGUUGCUACAAACUAUUGAAGACUAAUUCACCUAUUUAACAACAAACCAUGUCAAACAUUUGCAUUGAUCACACAUAGUUCUUCUUGAGCCAAAUUUUCUGAUACCAAAAAAUGAUGACAGAUCAUCAGAGAAUUCAUCCUGAUAAUGAUUUGGAGUCACAAACCAAACCAACUAUUCCUUUGUAUCCUCGAAACAUUUCAAAGUCCGAUAGACGCGAUCCUUUGCAAUAUGAUUAUUUCAAUCCACCUCUUCCGAAACGUAAGUUUCAAGUGAGGCACUCUCCGCCACCAAAGAAGAAAAGAAGUUGCUGCUGCAGGCUCCUGUGCUGUACCUUCACCAUAUUGCUGAUUCUUGUUAUUGCAAUAUCCAUCACCAUUGGAACACUCUACCUUGCUUUUAGGCCAAAGCUUCCUAAAUACUCAGUAGACAGAUUGAGAAUAACUCAGUUCAAUCUUUCUGAUAAUAACAAUCUUUUUGUUACCUUCGAUGUAACAGUAAUUGCUAGAAACCCAAACAAGAAGAUUGGAAUAUACUAUGUAAGUGGAAGCAAUAUAAGUGCUUGGUAUAAAGAAACAGAAUUAUGCGAAGGGCCUUUGCCGAAUUUCUAUCAGGGUCAUCGGAAUAUAACCGUGCUUAAUCUGCCUUUAACGGGUCAAACGCAGGAUGCAACUGGUUUAGUAAAUACUUUGCAGCAGCAGCUGCAAGAGGAAGGUAAGUUACCCCUUAAUAUUAAGGUGAAUCAGAAUGUGAGGGUUAAGAUUGGUAAGUUGAAGCUGUUUAGAGUAAAGUUUCAUGUUAGGUGUGAGGUUGUGGUGGAUAGCAUUGGUGCUGAUAAUGAUAUUAGCAUUUCAGACAGUAGUUGUAAGUUCAAGCUCAGGCUAUGAAUUCAUUAGUACUAUGUUAAUUAGUAGAGGAUGUGUCUUAGUUGUAAUAUUAAUACUUGUUUUGUUCUUUGGAUGAUUUUGAUUUUGAAUAAUAAAGGUAUGGAGGAUUAGGUGUU